AUGCUGUUUAACUUACUCAAUAAUAUGAAUUCAUGUAUAUGGUUUAGAUCAGAUAUCGAAGACAAAGACAAUCACACACAACACGUACAGAAAAACCCUGCAACACAUGCAGCUAAAAUACGUUAUGCAAAUAUUAUUCUAUUUGAGGCAUUUCUUGUAGACUGUUUACGAUAUCAGAUAUUUUGUUCUUCAACAAACCAUUUGUUCCCUUGUGGUUGA